GUUCACUGCCUUUGUUCCAUCCCAUCUGUGGAUGAGACUGACUUCUGUCAACAUGACUACCCCUCUGUUCACUGCUCUGUCCUUCCUGGCUAUGCUGGCCCUUGGGUCAUGUCUAGCUAUCUUGCCAGAGGAGCAGCCCUAUGUGGAGCGUGCUGGUAUUCAAUAUAGCGCUAGGCCUUACAACUCCCUCCUCACCGUGCCCAAUGGAGAGCAGUUUGGGAACUGGACCUGGCCCGAGAUGUGUCCCGACAAGUUCUUCGCCGUUGGGUUCAUGCUCCGGGUGGAGUCCGAACAGUACGGUCUGGACGACACUGCCCUGAAUGGCAUUCGCUUGAUCUGCGCUAAGGACGAAGAUAGGAGCUUCUUGUACACCAUUGAGUCUCACACUGGAUUCUUUGGUGACUGGUCGGACCCUCUGUAUUGCCCCAGGGGUGUGCUGACUUCCUUCCAGCUGUGUGUGGAGCCCCACCAGGGUCUGUUCGGUGACGACACAGCCGCCAACAACAUUAGGUUCCGCUGCAGCAGCAACCCCACCCUCACAGGCGCCGGCCUGGACUACGGCGAGUACAGCCUCUGGAGCCAGGAUUGUGGCGAUGGAGGAAUCUGUGGCAUCGAGACCAAGAUGGAGGAAUACCAGUACGGUCUGGAUGACUCAUCUCUCAAUGACGUGCGCUUCCACUGCUGCGCCAAACUCCAGCAGUAAUCAUCUGAGGGAGAUACUUCCUCUGGACCAAUCUCAACCGGCCCAGACCUGUCAACACACAGGCUCUGACCCAUGGUCCAUUCAAUCCAGUCUACACCCAAUAUCUGAAUCUACCACUGGUUAAAACCUAAUAAAUCAUUCAACUGUC